AUGGCUUCAGAUGUGUCUCCACGGCAGACAGACCCAUGGCUGCCACAUGAUGAGGAAGAAGCGGACGAGAGCCUGUCAGAUGCCUCUGCCUGGCUAUCCUGGCUUCGAGAAGAUGUCAAAGUGCAGGGCUGCGCCUGGCUCCUUGCCUCUAUGGCGGUAUUGAGGCAAGCGUGGACUGCUGAUUCGAUAUGCCUUGGCUUGGCCGGAUAUCUUUUUGAAAACCAAUUUGGGCAUUGUUUGGUUGGAUGGUGCUUGGCCACAUCACUCAGCUUGGCGUGGCUUCUCCUGGAUUUGCAGAUGGUUUUCACCUCUGAACAGAGGGCCAUGCGCUUCCCUCCGUGGAGCAUCCUAGUGUUUGUGAAGCACCCUGCUCAAGUUGGGUCUGUGGUGAUCUUUCUGGGCUACGAUGGCCGGAGUUAUGUCCGGAGAGUGAAGGCCAUUCAUGAAUGUGGCCCAGCGCUGCAGACAGUCGGGGACCUGCCAGGUGCUCCAGACGAUCAGCCGCUGUACAGCGCCGAUGGUAGUGCAAACUGGCUGGAUCCCAGUGCUGUCCGGGGCACGCUGGCAGCCGGACCGUUUCCCCUUCAGCAAGUCUUGAAAGUGGUGCUAGCAUUCAUGAUCUUGAGCCCCGCGAUGGCAUUUUCCUUUUUCGUUACCAGCCAGCCGAUUGUGAUGUUGUGGCUGAUGUUUCUCUGCAGCCUGGCCUGGAGUUGUAUCUUCAGUCCCAUGUCCUGA